AUGGCCUUAGUUAGUUUGGACAGAGACACAUCUGUGUUUCCAUUGUCACACUCUUAUGGCGCAAUUUACACUAGAUGGGGACGAAAAACCUGUCCUGGAAAUGGAACUGAAUUAGCUUACACAGGUAUAGCAGGUGGCGGUGAACACCUACAAAGGGGUGCAGCAUCAGAAUACAUUUGUCUUCCUAAAGACCCAAACUUAAUAACAAACAGUAAGAUACAAAAUCCUUACGGAGAGGCUUCUUACUUGUAUGGAGCAGAAUAUGAAGAUAACGUGUUUGGUCCGAAACUUCUGCAAAAUGAUGUGCCAUGUGCUGUAUGUUACACACCUCAUCAAUCUGUUAUUUUGAUGAUCCCUGGUAAAACCACGUGUUAUGGUGGAUGGAAACCCGAAUAUUUUGGAAAACUUGCAGGUGGAAGUAAUACUCAACCAGCAGCUUCACAGUUUGUCUGCCUUGACAGCCAUCCGGAAACUAUGUAUAAUGGGAUAGCAAACAAAAAUGGUAAAUUGUUUUAUGCCGUCAAAGCACGUUGCGGUUCACUUCCUUGUCCUCCUUAUACCAACAAUGCUUUGAUGACAUGCGUUGUUUGUUCUAAAUAA